AUGAAGGCUGUCACCGUUCUCUCCCUCGCGGCGGGUGCUACUGCAACUGGCUUCGGCAGUGGCAGCUCCUUUACCUGCCCCAGCAACCCCAAGGACAAGUGCUCGCCCAGCCAGUCCGGCGGCUGGACUUUUGACGAGCUUGACCUGGGUGGCUUCUCCAGCUUCAACGACUUUUCGUGGUCCGGCUUCAGCUGCGAGUCCCACGCGGGCAAGCGUUCGCGCGUCGAUCGUCGUGGCGGCAGCCGCUAUGCCGGUGGUUCUUGCAGCUCCGAGAUCUCUUCCUGCCCGUCGUUUGGCAGCACCGGCCAGUCCGAGUCCAGCAGCUUCUCCGUGAGCGAGAUCCACAUGUCGACUGAGUUCGACUGCGACCUCGACUUCCACUACGGCAUGACCGAUGGCUCUACCUGCAAGCAGCGCAGCAGCUGCUCCAGCGGCGGCUCCGUCAUCACCAACAGCCAGUGCGGUGGUGCCACGGCCGUCACCGUCGUCUACCCGUCGCAGACCGGCAAGCCCAAGCCCACCUGCAGCAUCAGCGUGUCCACCAUCUCUUUUGCCUGCAGCUCCACCACCACGCCGUCCACCAAGGCCACCACUUUCCCCAACGUUGGCCAUAGCACUUCCAAGGGCCACAGCACCAAGGAGCACAGCACUUCCAUCAAGACCACGCCGGCUCUUUCGGUCCCGACCAUCUCCCAGGGCUUUUCUACCGGCUUCUCUACCUCUGGCUUCCCUGGCUUCUCUACGUCGGUUGUUUCGGUCCCGACCGUUUCUUCCCCGGCUGUGUCGGUCCCGACCUUCCCCUCGAGCGUCUCUAUCCCGGGUUUGUCUUCUUCGGUUUCGGUCUCGGUCCCGGCUGUCUCUUCGCCUGCUGUUUCUUCUCCGGUCGUCUCAACGCCUGCUGGCCCCACUUCCGCUGUCUCUUCCCCGGUGAUUUCGUCGCCUGCUAGCUUCUCCUCGAUCGUCUCGGUCCCUGCUGGCUUCACCAACACCUCGGUCGUGUCUACGCCUGCCGUGUCCUCGCCUGCUGUGGGCACGCCCAGCAGCGUCGUGGUCGUGUCUUCGGUCCAGUCUUACACCACGUCGACCAUUUUCACGACGUCGACGUCGACGAUCAUCAGCUGCGCCUCGACCGUUACCAACUGCCCGGCUGAGUCCUACAAGACUACCGUGGUGACCGUUGCUGUGUCGACGACUGUCUGCCCCGUUACUGCUACCGAGACUGGUGUUGUGUCUACUUCAGCCACCGAGGCGGUCUCUUCGCCGGCUGUUUCUUCUCCGGCUGUUGCUUCGUCGACUGGUGUCGUUUCGUCGCCUGCUGUCUCUUCUCCGGCCGUUGCUUCGUCGACUGGUGCUAUCUCGUCGCCGGCCGUGUCUUCCCCGGCCGUUGCAUCGUCGACUGGUGCCGUUUCGUCGCCUGCUGUUUCUUCCCCGGCCGUUGCUUCGUCUACUGGUGCCAUCUCUUCGCCUGCUGUUUCUUCCCCGGCCGUUGCUUCGUCGACUGGUGCCGUUUCGUCGCCUGCUGUCUCUUCCCCGGCUAUUGCUUCGUCGACUGGUGCCGUUUCGUCGCCUGCUGUUUCUUCCCCGGCCGUUGCAUCGUCGACUGGUGCCGUCUCGUCCCCUGCCGGCUCUUCCCCUGCUGUGGGCACGUCUAGCACCGCUGCGGUUGUGUCUUCGGUUCAGUCAUACACCACCUCGACCAUCUUCACCACCUCGACGUCCACGAUCACCAGCUGCGCCCCGACUGUCACGAACUGCCCGGCCGAGUCCUACAAGACGACCGUGGUCACUGUUGCCGUUUCGACGACCGUCUGCCCCGUUACUGCCACUGAGACCGGUGCCGUGUCUGCCUCUGGCUCUGCCACCACGGCCCCGGCUGUUGUCGGCUCCACGACGAAGACUGCUGCUGUUGCCACAUCGACUGUGUCUGUGCCGUCUGUUGUGCCCCAGUGCCUGAACACAUGGAUGUUCUCGACCGGCUGCUCUGACAACACCGAUGCUGCCUGCUACUGCCCUGACGAGGUCUUCGUGAAGAACAUCUUCUCUUGCGUGUCUGCUCACGGUACGACUGACGAUGUCAUCUCCGAGGCUGUUGUCUUCUUCCAGGGUGUGUGCGCCGGCUACGCUGGCGGAAACCCUGCCAUUGUUACGGGUGCCGCGUCUGUGACAAGCACUCUGACUGCCACUGCCACCGCCUAUGUGACUGGUGCCACGUACACGACCGUGUUCGCGACUGCUACGACCGUUGUGCCGUGCACCGAUGCUUCGGGCUCGACGAUCCCCGGCUCCAGCACGACGGCUGUGGUCAGCACUGCGGCCACGGUGCCCCAGGUUGGCUUCGCCACGGGCGCGACUGGCUCUGUGGCCGUUGUCCCGGUCACCAGCGUUGCUACCUCGGUAGCGACCAACGCUAUCGUCGGCACAGCCCCAGUUGCGGCGACUGCUGCCACUGGUGCGACCUACGCCACGACGACUGCCGUGGUCCCGGGUGCGGCUAAGGGCACUGGUGCGGCGUCGGCCUCGGGCGCUGUCACUGGCACUGGUGCCUACAUUGUCCCCAAGCCGUCCAGCUCGAUUGUGGCGGUUAGCAGUGCUGGCCGCACCCAGGUCUUCGGCCUGGCCGGUGCUGCCGUGAUGGCAGUCCUGGCUCUCCUGUAA